GGUCUACACUUUUAGAUACUAGGUUUGUGUUAGGUAGAUCCUCCUCCUCAAAUAGUUGACUAGGCCUAAGCCUAUGCCAUUGAUAAUCAGUGAAAUUAUAGCAAUGGCGGAAAGAUACACUGAUGAAGAUGUUACCGUUGAGGAAGAAGAGGAUGAUGAAGAAAUAAUAGAGUUAUUAGAUGAAAAACAUAACAGUGAAGAGCCAUUUGAAAUGCUUGAAUUUGUUCAUGCAAAUAAAGGCUGGAUUCAGAAUUUGUUAGGCGGUUCAAUAACGGAGAGGUCAACCCCGGUGCAAAUUGGCUUUGGAGGGGUCAGUGGGUGGCUAGCUGGACAUCUCUUCCAGAAGGUUGGAAGAUUGGCAGCUACAGCUGUGGGUGGAGGGUUCCUUCUGAUGUUGCUUGCUCAUCAUGGAGGUUACAUCAAGGUGGACUGGGAUAAGUUUGAAAAAGACAUUGGUCACACCAAGAGAAAAGUAACAAGAGAAAUGAACCGUCAAUAUCCUUAUUUCCAUCAAGUUUAUCAUCAGAGUCGAGAAUUUGCAAGGAAGAACGUUUUAGUGUCUGGAGGGUUUGUAGGUGGAUUUCUGCUUGGCAUGUCAACAUAAACUCUUGUUAACUAUUGUAUUGGUCUGUGUAUAUUUAACAAAUAAAUAAGAACAUAAAAUGCUGUGUUCAAAUCUGUACAGUAGUAACUUAAAGCAAUCUUCCUUACUUUGGUGUAUUUUAAGAAUAGAGGGCAGCCUUUUGGUUACUGAAUACAAUAUUUUAAGGAAGGAUAUGUUUGGUGCAUAAAGCUGAUUAUUGAAAUUUGAAAUGACAAAUGCUAAAGCACUAUAUGUAAUGAACUGCUGUAUGCCCUGUGGUGUGGCUUUGCUGGGUUGUAGUCUGCUUCCCUCCUAAUAAUCAAGCAUAUAGAUGCUCUUCACUAUAGAGAAACAGACAUAAUUUUGUAUAAACAUUAUUCUACACAUCAUUAAAAAGUAUUUAUUUUAAAAAAGAUUGAAUGCAUUUUUUGCAGGCAUAGUUUAACAGCAGUUUUUAUUUUUUUUAAUAGUUUUAAUUAUUGAAAUAACAAUUUAUGUUUUUGUUCAGUUUAUGUUUAAUUUAAAUCCUCUUCUGUACAUAAAUUAUAAAUAUAUUAAUUGUUUAAUAUUUGGUCUAAUUAAUGUUUUUGGUAAUUAAUUGGUCUAACCAGAUUAGUAUUGGCAGUAACAUGUGAACAGAAAUGUAGAGUAGUCAAUGUGAAUAGAUGGUAAACAUUAAAGAACAAGUUUCCUGUGUGAAAGGAUAUUUAUUUUUGGGGGAAGUGUGGGGAAGCUAUAUUAAGUGUUGACAGAUACAGUGAUUAAUGAGAUGUGAAGUACCUCGAUAGAUAGUUAUGUAAUGUAAAAGGACUUUGGUAUCUUCAGCAAUUCAAUUUGUUGAUAUAAAAAAAAUCAUAAGCUAAUUUCUUCAGCUAAUGACAUGACUAGAUAUUUAAUAAUUAAUAAAAACAAGAUUAAAUCUCCUUAUUGACAGAGGUAAUUGUUCUUUUGAUCAUCCGACAUUUGUGAAUUAGGCCUGUCAUUUAGCGCCAGUAUGAACAGGAUAUAAAUAAUCACUGACUGAUUGAUCAUGUGAAACAUGAACGAUUUUUUAUAUUUGUUAGAAACAAUGUUGCACAAGUGUAAGCUUUUUGGUUGAACACUUAGAAGGUCACAUUGGAUGUUGAGCUGUUGUUUGUCAUCAUCUCUAUUAAAUCUCUUCUUUUUAGAGUUUAACAUGUGCUGAUAGAUUACUGAAGUACCCUUACCCGCUUCCAACCAAGGGACUAGAGAAGGUUGCACAUUUGUGCAUGAAUGCUACAAUUAGUGACCUAUGAACUUUCCAAGCAUCCUUCGGCUAGAAAAUAUAAAUGUCUAUAUUGGUCCUCAUAUUAUACAUUUCUUUCGCGUAUUUUUAUUCUCAAGUCCUCUUCUGGAUACCACAUUGUUAGAUUCAUCGGCGAACAUAAUCUACAGAUUUCUUCUUUUCAAGUAUAUUCACGAGAUCAUAUUCUGUAGAGCCAUGUCGAUUUGGGUCUAAAAACUCGACAUUAAUAUUCUCAUGCAUAGUGGUGGAAGGAACAGGGCCGAGACGUGAACGCUCUGUUCUUAGCCCCUAUCAACCCCUACUAACCACUAUCAUCAAAUGAUGAUAGAGGGUGUUUACAUUAACUGGUCUUACUGUAAGGUUGUGGUGUUGAAAUUCAGUAUACUAUAAAAGUUCACAGUAUUGAACAUUGCUAUUGCUGUAUAAUAGAGCACUUUUUAAUUUAUAGCAUUAAUAGUAGUAGUUAUACGGUAGUCAUAAUAGUAUGGUAAAAGUAGUUAUUGUAGUACUGAGGAAAAACGUCACUUCUAGAGUAGUUUGUUAUAUCUAUCAUUAGUUUUUCUAUUAUUGUUUUUAUUACAAUAUUUUUUUGUGUCAUGUUGUGUGUUCAGUCGGAAGAUACAGAACAUACCAAAUGUAAUUUUUAUGAAGGAGAUGAUUUUAUGAAAGAAUAAAUAUUUAAUGGUCGUUUUACGGAAA